AUGCCUUCCUGAGUCUCGGUUUUCUCAUCUGUAAAAUGGGGCUAAGAACAGCACCCACCCAGGGAGAAGCUGCUGCUCGGAAGGCUCCUGGCUACACGCGUUGGCCUCUGGGGGCGCCCAGACCCACGGCGGUGGUUCAGCUGGCGGAUCUGGCAGUCAUUCCUGGGGGCCCGUGGGUCUGCCUUGGGCGCGCAGGCCCAUGCAGGCUCCACAUGCGGCUGACUGGGUGCUUAACGGAUGCCCGAGUUAACACACGGAGGAAGGGGUGCGCCUGGGAGCCAGCAGAUCCCGGGUGACGGUGACAUGUUGGCCCAGGCUCCUGGCCCCCCAGCCACCCACCUCCUGUCAGGCUGCCCUUGGUUCCCGUUAGCAGGAACUUGGGCUCCCCGGCUGCAGCGAGCUGGCCCCCAAUGGCGGCCCGGAGUCCCUGGCUCUGGUGUUGAGGCCGGUCCCCCACAAAGGUACCGAGUCUUGCUCUGGGCCCUGCACGGGGGCCCCCUGAGAGGCCCCCGUGCCCAGAGUGCCCCUGCUUGACACACCAGCUGGACAUGUGACAACUCAGAAGGUGUCUCCCGUCCCUGGAAGCAUGACCGGCCAGAUUCUGAAAUCUGGUCUCUGGAAAAUUCCAAGGCCUGAUUCCAGCCCCAGGGAGCCCUGCUAAUCCCUCCCCAUUCCUUGUGUUAUGUAAUAUUUGGGGAUUAAUACUGUAGCAUCCAGAGGCAGCUGUCUGGAUUCGAAUCCAGCCCUGACCCUUCCCAGCGGCAGGCACCACCGCCUCCCCUGGCUUCAGUGUGCUCACCUGUGAAAUGGGGACAAGGCCAGUGCCUGUGUCCCAGGACUGAUGUAGGGAACAUGAGAGAGCACAAGGAAGGAGCCUGGAGCUGAGUCUGAGGUAUGGCUCCAGGAGGGUCCAAGAGUGCCCACCAGUCCUUUCCUUGGCUGCCCAGGGCGGGAGUCACACGCCCGCCUCUGCCCUUCGGUCCCCAGAUUCUGGUCCUUCUCGCGGCCUGAUGUCCUGCAUAUAUGAUACCCCCAACCCCCAGCUGUGCCCCUCCUGGGUCCCUGCACCAGGCCUCACUCCCUUCCCAAGCAGCCCCAGCCCUAGGGAUACCGGUCUUCUUUCUCUGCCCUCUGGAUCGGGCCAUGGCUCCCCGGUGCCACGAGAGCCCUGUCAGGCCCCCCACUCCCGCUCGCUUCUCCCUCAGAGGCCUCUGAGAGAGGGAGACAAUCUCUCUGACCUCAGUUUCCCACUCAGAGAAAUGGGCAGGUUGACACGUCACAGCUGGACGGGAGGUGCAGGACUGGAAGAGCAAGCCGGCCGAGCGCAUCGGGUGGGCGCGGGGCUGGCGCUGGGCGCGAGCUCCGCUGUCACUGAAGCUCCUGUCAGCCCGGUGUCCCCGCUCGCCCACGCCCGUCGCCCUCCCUCCCGGCACGCCUGCCCCCUCCAGCGCCUGGCCACGCCCCCAGUGUCGGGCUCCGCCCCGCCCCCUCAGCCAAUAAGACGCGCCCCAGCGGCGCGCGGCCCCCCGAGCCACUGCGCGGUGGUCCUGCGGAGGUUGCUCCAGGCGCCCGCCAGGCCCCCUGCGGGAUGGAACACGCGCCGCGCCGGCGGCGCAGUUGCCGCCCGCCGGUUUCCGCCUUCCUGCGCGACCCGAGCUCCGGGCGCGUCUACAGGCGCGGGAAGCUGAUCGGCAAGGGUGCCUUCAGCCGCUGCUACAAGCUGGUGGACAUGUCCACCGGUGCCGUGCUCGCCCUCAAGGUGGUGCCUCGUGCUGGGGGCGGGGCCGGGCGACUCCGCCCCCGCAGUAAGGUGGAACGGGAGAGCGCCCUGCACAGCCGCCUGGAACACCGCAACAUCGUAGCCCUCCACGGACACUUUGCUGACCGGGAGCACGUGUACAUGGUGCUGGAGUACUGCAGCCGCCAGGUGCCCCGGCAGUCGCUGGCCCGCAUCCUGGAGGCGCGGCAGACUCUCACGGAGCCCGAGGCGGGCUUCUACCUGCGGGGCCUGGUCAGCGGGAUUGUGCGCCGCGACCUGAAGCCCACUAACUUCUUCCUGAACAAGGACAUGGUGGUCAAGAUCGGAGACCUGGGGCUGGCGGCCAUGGUGGGGCCAGGGGGCCACUGCCACAGAGUACUCUGUGGAACCCCGAACUUUCUGGCCCCAGAAGUCAUCUCCAGAAAUGGGCACUCCUGCCAGUCAGACGUUUGGGCUCUUGGCUGAGUCAUGUACACAGUGCUGACCGGUGCCCCUCCCUUCACGGUGGCUCCCCUGUCGGAGAUGUACCGAAACAUCCGAGACGGCCGCUACCCCGAGCCUGCCCACCUGUCCGCCAGCGCUCGCCGCCUCAUCGCCCGCCUGUUGGCGCCCAACGCGGCGGAGCGGCCCAGCCUGGACCAGCUGCUGCAGGAUGACUUCUUCACCCAGGGCUUCACUCCAGACCGGCUGCCGGUCCACUCUUGCUACCGCCCGCCCAUCUUCACCGUGCCCCAGCCUCUGGGCAGACUCUUCCGGAAGGUGGGCCAGCUGCUGCGGACCCAGUGCCCGCCGCCCUGCCCCCUCACUCCCAGUGAGGCCUCCAGUCCAGGAGAAGAUGCUUCAGAACCUGAGACCAUGCAGUGUGGCGGUGAGGCCUCCCUGCUGGACAGAGGGGCUCCCCACCCUGAGGUCCCCGUCCACCUACUCACCCAGGGGACCCUCAGGAGUGACCCGGCGGGGCCCAAGGGGAGCCAGAGGCAGGAGGUGGAGGUGGCCAUCAGAAACCUGCUGUUCUGCCUGGACCCUGGCCCCCCAGCCACGCAGGCCCCUAUGGAAGAGCAGCAGCCCGUCCUCUGGGCCCCCAAGUGGAUGGAUUAUUCCAGCAAGUACAGCUUCGGCUAUCAGCUGUUGAAUGGGGGCCGGCGUCCUGCUUUGGGACGGCACACAUAUGGCCCUGUGCCCCCCGGGGGAGAGCGGGGCCGGCCCACACCCACCCCGCCAGCGGCCCCCAGCUUCUGCCUGCUGCACUUCCUCGCGUCCCAGCGGGCUUUGCUGCUGCUUUUCGGCGACGGGACGUUGCAGACCAGCUGCUGUGGCGGCCGGACUCACCUGGUGCUAAGGGGCCAGGGCGAGGAGUUGGGGCUCACGGUCUGGGAAGGCGGCCAGCCAGGCACGUCCUACGCCCCGGGUGCCCUGCGGAGCCCCGGCGGCACCUUGUCCAUGCUCUCCACGUGCUGCAGAGCUCCUAGCGCCCCUGCAAAGGGACCGGGCCCCCAGCUCCCGUUCCGGGCCUCUUGUCUCCCCGGAGCGUUGCCCCUGGAAACAGUUCAGGGAGCAUGGGCGGCCGUGUCCAUCAGAAAAGAGGCCAUGGGGGGGCAGAGGCAGCUCGCCGUGCGAUGGAACUGCCUGGGCGGGAGCCAGAACCGGGCCCUGGCCGCCUCCGGACAGGGCUUCUCCUUCUCAACGACUUACUGUCAAUUCCGAAAGGCACGCGUGGACGCCGCCUGUUUGUGA